GGAGUCUCGGCAUUGUUAUUGCGGUUGCUGUGUUUUUCUUGAUCGCGUGCAUUCUGGUGACCUGCCCAAUGUAUGAAUGUAUGCAUGUGUGUAUGUCUGUCUGUAUGUGUGUAUGUGCUGCACUCUGUAUUCAUCCCGGGGGCGGGGGAGUGAAGAAGGAGAGUGGGCGGGGGGCGCUUCGCUGCAGUACAGUACGGCAUGGGUAUUUAUGUUUCUACUUCUUCGCCGUCUUCUUCUUCUUCUUCUCCUUGCGGUGGUGGCGGCGCCAGGCCAUGCAAGCUAUAGAUUGCUGGUGGGUGUAUCUUCUGCAACCCAGCUAUCGGAGCUUACGUUCUACCAGAAGUUGGUCCAUAAAACCGUCUGUGGCUCACAGGUUGGGUCGCUCCCGACGCGAUUGGAGUGGGAAACCACUGCGCUAUGGACUCCUGCUGGACCAUUCCCUAGGCGUCACCAGGAUUUAGCGGCGGGAAAGGAGCAGGACGCGGCGGUAGCAGUAGCUGCUGCUGCUGUUGUUGCGGCUACAGCCGACCGUGACGUGGGUCAGGAUGUGCAGCUUCGAGGCCAGGAGGUGGGGUGGCGGAAGCGGUGGACAGUGGUGGGGCUGUGUUUCGUGGCGUUCGUACUUUGCAAUCUGGACAGAGUCAACAUGUCGAUUGCCAUCCUGCCUAUGGCGGAGCAAUUUGGCUGGAGUACGACAACAAUGGGUCUCGUACAAUCUUCGUUUUUUUGGGGUUACCUCCUUACCCAAAUCCUCGGAGGCGUCCUGGCGGAUCGCUGGGGCGGCAAGUCCGUGUUGGGUUUUGGCGUGUUGUGGUGGUCUCUGGCAACCGCCGCCACCCCCGCAGCAGCCCAGGCCGGUCUCCCCGCGCUGCUGCUGGCCCGCUGCAUGAUGGGCAUUGGUGAGGGCGUGGCCCUGCCCGCCAUGAACUCCAUGCUCGUCAAGUGGGUUCCGGCGGAAGAACGGUCUCGGAGCUUGGCGCUGGUGUACAGCGGAAUGUUUACGGGAUCCGUUCUCGGACUGGGCGCGAGUCCCCAGGUCCUGGCGGCCUUCGGCUGGCCCGCUGUGUUUUGGUCCUUUGGCAGCCUGGGCGUCCUCUGGUAUUUUAUCUGGCAGGGCUCCGUGACUUCGGCCCCGUCUGAUGAUGCGUCCACUAACCUUACGGAGCUCGCCACCAUGGACAGCAACACCCUUAGCCCCGAGAACGGCAGUAGCACUACUGCUGCUACUGCUGCUGCUGCUGCCGCGGGGGGCUCGGCAGCUUCAGUGGUUGUUCCAGAGGGGGGGCAGGCGGGUUUCGAUAGUUCGUCGUUCGGGGGAGUCCCCUGGAGUCUGCUGCUGAGUCGCAAGGAGGUGUGGGCCCUCAUCCUGUGUCACUUCUGCCACAACUGGGGCCUAUUCAUUCUCUUGACGUGGAUGCCGGCGUACUACAACCAGGUGUUGGGUUUGAAUUUGAUGCAAAGCGGAGUACUUUCCGUACUCCCCUGGGUGGCUAUGGCGGUGAUGGCUAAUGUGGCGGGAUGGGCAGCGGACGCAUUAGUGGCGCGCGGGACGAGCAUCACGGUCGUACGGAAGGACAUCGGGCCCAGAUACGCGGGCGUCCUCCUGGGGCUGUCCAACACUGCCGGUGUUCUAGCCGGCGUGCUGGGGAGCCUCGUGACCGGGUGGCUCUUACAGCCCGGGGGGGUGGGGGAUGCGGCGGUUGGGGGUUGGAGCCAGGUUUGGGCUGUAGCUGUCGUACUGUACUUGUCAGUCAGUCAGUCCACCUGCAGUGCUAGUGCUAGUGCUAGUGCGUGUAUGUCGUAUGUUUGGAAAGCAGCUGUCAGGCUGUUUUUCCGUUGCGGCAUAUCUUUGCUUUUUCGAUUUUUUGUUUCCGAACUGGGUUCUUGUUUCUUUCGCGAUUUGUGUUUCUCCGUUGGUGCCAUUGUUCCAGUCCCCAGGUCCGGGUACUCUCCGGAUGAUCUUAAGGAUUUCGAGGUUUUUACCGGAUUUGAGGUUUCUGGGGGAUGUUGA